UUCACUUAAAAGUCAAAAAACCAAAUAAGCCGCAAACGAAGAUUCAUAAAUACCCAAAAACGCAUUUGACCCACGCUUUUAAAACGUUGACAUAUCAAUGCCUAUCCACACAUAUAUAAAUACUUGUGUACACACACACACACAAGCCAUCAAGAUAAGACAUUAAGCUUCAAAUCAUUUUGUUGUGUAUUGCAAAAACUUAACUUCUGAUCAUCUCCCAUGGAAGCUACUUCACAGCCAUGUUUCUCUCAGAAUUACCACUCCUCGCUCCAUUCGAUCCGUAAGGAACCAGCAAAGCCUUGGAAAAAACCUGUAACAGGGUUGUCUCAGCGUAUGCAUCCUAAAGUUUACCGAGUCGAGCCUGUUAACUUCAAGGAGUUGGUUCAGAGACUAACUGGUGCACAAGACCAUGAGCCAGAGGUAAAUCAAGUUGAGCUUAAGCCACUCAAGGUUUCUGAUGAGGCAGUAACAACUAAGGACAACCCGUUGGCUUUUGAUCUUUCACCGUCAUCAUCUCGGUUCUGGGAAGCUUUCCCUCUUCUCAGUCCUGCAAAUCUUUCAAGAUGGUAGCAAGAAAAUAAAAGUUUCCUUUGAU